AUGUUUGGCGGUGGUGAGGAGUAUUUUCGCGAGCCUCCAUCGAUAGACCGGGACACACUGCGGCGGUUUGCCCUGUUUUGUGCACGUCUCCGCGCGGCCGAGAAACCAGGAAAGAAGACGGUGUCAGAGAGUGCCGAGUUGGCCCGCGAAGUGGGCGACAAUGAAAUGGCCUUUGAGCUCGUCGUUGGUGUCCUUUUUCGCCACAUCAAGUCAUGGACUGGAAACAAGCAGUUGGCGUGCUGGUACAUCCUGGAUAAGCUGUGUAAGGAAGACCGUGACAAGUAUGGCUACACUGCAAGCAAAUACAUUCUUGAGAUUGGAAGAGACUACAUUCCGUACGAAGAUCCUGUGCUGGGUCCGAAAUACGAGAGCCUCGUGGAGCACUGGGAGGGUGUUUUUCCACGCCACGUCGUGGAUGCUCUCUGGUUGGCAAAAAAAGAUCGUUUGUGGGCCAUAGAGCACCCCAACGACCUACUGCAACGUAAGAAGGAAGAAGAACAAGAGUGGAAGCAAGAGGAGCUGGCGAUGGAAGAUGAGGAUGGUCUGAACGAUUACGGGCAGCCGUGCAUGGAUUAUCUGCAAGGCCGUUGUUUUUGGGGCGAAGCCUGCCGUUUGUACCAUCCUCCAGGGGAGGAGGGAACAAUGCCGCUUGAAUGCCGUCUGGGGGACUGGAAGUGUCCAUCAUGCGGUGCGAUCAAUCGCCACUUCCAGCGACGCUGCUCAAGCUGUGUGCGGGAAAAGCCUCAGUAUAAGAAGGGGAGAAAACCCACAGCGGAGGAGGCGCUACUGUCGUCACCGGACCCAAUUGUGUACGCCGCACUCCGACGCCAAUUUGGCUAUGAUCCCAACAUUGUGGAGGAGGCAGUAGCUCACUGGAAAACCCGUUUGGAGAAUACAUCUGUUGAAGCUUACAAAGAAGAGCGGCGUGCGGCCUAUCGCGUGCGCAUUCUUGGAAUGACACCGACCUCGACGUUGGAAGAACGUAUGCGGUCGCAGAAAAAUUACCCUGAUGUUGACAUUGGGCCUCCUGAGGAGGUUGUGGAUUGCAGUGUGACUCCUGGACCGACGGCAAGUGAAUCGUUUGUUCCUGCUGGGGCUCCCCCAGUGAGCGCCGUGGGUCUUCUCGCCCAAACGAUUGUUGAGCGCGGGGCUAGCGAUCCAAAACUGCCGCAGAUUUUAUUUGAACUCGCGUACUAUGUGAAGCAGGUUGCAGGAGAUGCUGAGAUGAAGCUGUCGUUGACCCAAGCCGAGACACUGCUGACGGCUUGCAAGAUUGUGUUUUCUGCCUGGGGCGCAGAUCGCAGUGCGACACCGUUUGUCCCACCAUUCUUCAAGGAAAUCCGUCACACCGAGGACGCAUUGGGGUUGUCAAGUGAACAGCAGGAGCAUCUGACAUCUAUCACGCGAGAAUUCUGGGCGAAUUGA